AUGGCUACACGACUGGCAGGAGGAGAAGUCGCCGGGAGGCAGCGGCUGGUUUUGGAGCCGAGACAUGCUGGCUUUCUUGUUACCAUCCUCCUCCUGAUUCUCCUGGCAGCCAUCACAGGAAGCUCCACUCUGGCCUUACUGAUCUGGGGUGUUGCCCAUCUCCACACAUUCAUGCAGUUCCUGCUCAGCCAGCUCUCCUUCAUGGACCUGACACUCAUCUUCACCACUGUUCCUAAGAUGGCCGCUGACUUAUUCUCAGGAGAUAGAGAUAUCUCCUACAUUGGCUAUAGAGUACAAGUCUUUAUUUAUUUGAUGCUAGGUGUGGCUGAGUGUAUUCUCCUGAACCUCCUGGACUUUGACCACUACUUGGACAUCUGUAGCCUCCUGAGAUACCCAGUCUUCAUGACCCCCAGGCUCUGUGUGCAAAUGGCUGCCCGCUCACGGCCUGGGGACACUUCCACCUAUGAGAAGGUGAUCUUAGUGUCAGGCAUCAUUUUUCUUCUUAUUCCUUUUGGAUUCAUCCUGACCUCCUACAUCCUCAUCUUCCUCACUUUCCUCCACGUGAACAACCCCAAGGAGAAGAGCAAAGCUCUGGCCAUGUGUUUCUCCCAAUUCAGUGUGGUAAAUCUCUACUUUGGUCCAACCAUCAUUAUCCACACAACCCCAGGUUUCUCUCUCCCCCCAGAGAUGGACCAGCAUCACUUCGUGUUUGAUGUUCUCGGCACUCCCAUGCUGAAACCCCUAAUCUACAGCCUGAGGAAUAAGGAGGUAUUGAGGGCUCUGAGGAAGGUGCUGAAUAGAGGGCUGGAUGAUUAA